CUCUAACACGUCCGCAGUUUGAGAAUAAAAUGAAGUCAGUCCGGCGGUUGAGUCACACGUUUUAAAAACAGUUGUUUGCAUACUUAAAGCGAAGAUGAGCGGAAGAGGCAAAGGCGGCAAAGGUCUCGGAAAGGGUGGCGCUAAGCGUCAUCGUAAAGUUCUCCGUGACAACAUCCAGGGAAUCACCAAACCUGCAAUUAGGCGUUUGGCUCGCCGAGGCGGAGUCAAGCGUAUCUCCGGCCUAAUCUACGAAGAGACCAGAGGUGUUCUGAAAGUCUUUCUGGAGAAUGUUAUUCGCGACGCCGUCACGUACACCGAGCACGCUAAGAGGAAGACUGUCACCGCCAUGGAUGUAGUGUAUGCUCUCAAGAGGCAGGGCCGCACCCUGUACGGCUUCGGCGGUUAAACAGCACACGGCUGCAACCAACCAACUACAAAACGGCUCUUCUAAGAGCCACACACUUUGUCUUACAGAGCAAACUAGUUCCUGCAUCCAAUUC